UUUUUUUUUUUUUUUCCCCCUUCGCAGACAAAAUUGGCUAAAUAUCAUAUUGCCAUUCUGCUGCAUCUGUUAGUGUUUUUUGUUGGGGUGGGUCAUGACGUGUUCAGAGCAGAGUUCGAUAUUGUUUUUGUCUGCAUCUGCAGUACUGUAAUCUUUUCUAAAAUGGUAGUUAUUCUUUCUAUAACCUGUUGUCAUAAAAAAUCCCCCUCACCACCAGUUAAAAUUGUUGAUCACUGUUAAAAGGGACAAUAAAUUAUUUGGCUAGGAAUGCCUUUGUUUAACUAAAGUCAAUCUAUCUAAUAUAUGUUUAAUAUAUUUUAGAUCAAAUACUUAUGUAGUAAAAAAUAGCAAAAUAGGGUGAAAUAGUCACUUCAUUUAUUUUGCAAGCAUUUUCGUUGAAGCACUGGGUCAGUGGCUGUAUGUCAAUGUAGUGUAGCCCUGUGUUGUGUGAUAUUUCAUUAUGCAGUGUAAUUUGCAUUUUCCUUUUCAUUCUAAGUGCAUCCUGACUAAAUAUAGAAUGGGUUUUGUGUGGAAGUAAGUAGUAUGUACUGUGCAUUUUGAGUGGAAGUUUGCAUCAAACUUUGAAGUUAGGCAGGCCCUUUUCCCUAACCCUAAGAAAGGUGGUUUUGUCUUGGUUUGUGAUCGUUUAACCUGCAUGAGUAAGACUUCAACAUUCCCAGCAAAAAAAAUUUUAAAGAAUCUUUUUCUAUUCAGCUACACCUCCUGCCCCAGCUUCCUCCCAGAAACCUCAGGCAGCUUCUGGCCCUGCUAAGCCCAAAGGCAAAGAUGCCAAGAGUGCACAGGGUUCCUCUGCCCCAAAGGCUGUCCCUGGCAGGAGAAAACGCUCCUCUAUGUCUGCCUCUUCUUCUUCUCCAACCUCACCGAAAUCUACUCCCUCCUCUACCCCCCUGUCACCUGUUCCAUCUCCCCUAGCCUCCUCACCUGCUAGUUCUUCUGCUAAUCAGGCUAACCGCUCCACCCCAAAAGUUGUCAAGGCUGGCAAACAAGGAAAAUCUAAGAAAGGAGAGGCAUUUGUUCCUGCUCCUGCCCCUGAGGAGCGCAAGGUCACACCAGUCAAAGCUAAACCUGCCCCAGUUGAGAAAAAAAAACCCUCACCAGCUGUUACAAAGCCUGAAGCAGCACCAGCUGCUUUUAAAGUUACCUCAAAACCUGCUUUGGCAGCACCAGUUUCAUUUUCAGAUACUCUUUCUUCUAGCACUCCCAAAACAUUUGAAGUUAAGGCAGCUUCAUCAAAAGCUGUUGCCGUUACUUUAGCUGCUGAUGAUGACCUCCCUCCACUUAUCCCACCUGAGAAGCCAAUUAAAAUGCCUGUGUUCGUACCCCCUGUUGUGAAAGAGGGUGCAAAACCUGCUACUGUUGAGGCUGAUAAACCAGCUCCUAUUGAAGUUGCUAAAACAAUUUCCAAGGCCAAACCUGCUCUAAUUGGAGCUGCUAUACCAGCAGCCCCAGCCCCAGCCACAGUCGAGGCUGCUAAGGCAGCAUCCCCAAGCAAACCUGCUCCUGCCGAGGACAGACCUGCUCUUGCUGAAGCUCCUAAACCAGUUGCAGUGGCCAAACCUGCUCCUGUCGAGGCCGAAAAACCCACUCCUGUCGAGGCUGCUGUUAAACCCCCGGUGGAGGCCGAAAAACCUGCUCCUGUCGAGGCUGCCCCCAAGCCAGCUGUCGAAGCUAAAAAACCCGCUCCUGUUGAGGCCGCCCCCAAGCCAGCUGUGGAGGCCAAAAAACCCGCUCCUGUCGAGGCCGCCCCCAAGCCAGCUGUCGAAGCUAAAAAACUCGCUCCCGUCGAGGCCGCCCCCAAGCCAGCUGUCGAAGCUGAAAAACCCGCUCCCGUCGAGGCCGCCGCCAAGCCAGCUGUCGAAGCUGAAAAACCCGCUCCCGUCGAGGCCGCCGCCAAGCCGCCGGUGGAGGCCGAAAAACCCGCUCCUGUUAAGCCGCCGGUGGAGGCCGAAAAACCCGCUCCUGUUAAGCCGCCGGUGGAGGCCGAAAAACCCGCUCCUGUUAAGCCGCCGGUGGAGGCCGAAAAACCCGCUCCUGUUAAGCCGCCGGCGGAGGCCGAAAAACCCGCUCCUGUCGAGGCCGCCGUUAAGCCAGCUGUCGAGGCUAAAAAACCCGCUUCUUUCGAGGCCGCCCCCAAGCCAGCUGUGGAGGCCAAAAAACCCGCUCCUGUCGAGGCCGCCCCCAAGCCAGCUGUGGAGGCCAAAAAACCCGCUCCUGUCGAGGCCUCCCCCAAGCCAGCUGUGGAGGCCAAAAAACCCGCUCCUGUCGAGGCCGCCGCCAAGCCAGCUGUGGAGGCCAAAAAACCCGCUCCUGUCGAGGCCGCCGCCAAGCCAGCUGUCGAGGCUAAAAAACCCGCUCCUGUCGUGGCCGCCGCCAAGCCAGCUGUCGAGGCUAAAAAACCCGCUUCUGUCGUGGCCGCCCCCAAGCCAGCUGUCGAGGCUAAAAAACCCGCUUCUGUGGAGGCCGCCCCCAAGCCAGCUGUCGAGGCCAAAAAACCCGAUCCUGUGGAGGCCGCCCCCAAGCCAGCUGUGGAGGCCAAAAAACCCGCUCCUGUCGAGGCCGCCCCCAAGCCAGCUGUGGAGGCCAAAAAACCCGCUCCUGUCGAGGCUGCUAAACUAGCUGUUGUCGAGGUCAAAAAAUCUACUCCUGUUGAGGCUCAUAAACAAGUUGAAGAAAGUAAAGCUGCUCCUCCUAAGAUUGCAAAACCAGAUGUGGAGGUCAGGUCUCCCUCUGUUGAGGUUGUCAAGCCAGCUGUCCAGACUGAAAAACCUGCUCCUGUUGAGGCCACCAAGCCAACUUUGGAGGCCGCAGCUAAGCCUGCGAUGAAGGCUGCCGCCAAGCCAGCUGUGGAGGCCAAAAAACCCGCUCCUGUCGAGGCCACCAAGCCAACUGUGGAGGCCGCCGCUAAACCUGCUCCUGUGGAGGCCGAAAAACCUUCUCCGGUGGAGGCCGCCGCCAAGCCAGCGGUGGAGGUCAAAAAAUCUACUCCUGUUGAGGCUCAUAAACAAGUUGAAGAAAGUAAAGCUGCUCCUACUAAGAUUGCAAAACAAGAUGCGGAGGUCAGGUCUGCCUCUAUUGAGGUUGUCAAGCCAGCUGUCCAGGCCGAAAAACCCGCUCCGGUCGAGGCCGCCACUAAGCCAGUGGUGGAUGUCAAAAAACCUGCUCCUGUCGAGGCCCCCACCAAGCCAGCUGUCGAAGCCAAAAAACCUGCACCCGUUGAGGCUCAUAAACAAGUUGAAGAAACUAAAGCGUCUACUCCUAAGAUUGCAAAACCAGAUGUGGAGGUCAGGUCUGCCUCUGUUGAGGUUGUCAAGCCAGCUGGAGAACCUAAACUAGCUGCCGCUGAGGUUACCAAGCAAGCUCCUGUGAAGGAUGCUAAGCCAGAGGCCAAAUUGGCUGAGGUUAAGGCAGCACCUGCUGAGGUUGCAAAGCCUGCCAAAACAGCAGCUGAACCUUCAUCUGCUCCCUUAAAACCCAUUCCAGUCGAGCCUGCUAUUCCUGCCCCAGCUCCCCGUAAACUCACAUUUGCUGAGGCAGUUGCAAAACCUGCCCCUGUUAAACCUGAGGUUGAGGUAAUCAGUACAACUCCCUCUGAGCCCGUCUCAUCACCCAAACCUGCCCCCACACCUACUAAAACACCAGCCAAGGUGGAGCCUGUGGUCAAGAAUGACAAGGGUAUUUUCUUCUUUCUCUCCUCUUUUGUGCCAUCUGUUUUUCCAGCUGUACUGCAGUCUGGAAACAACUCAGAUGCUUAGCUAUGUCAUUCUCCAAGGCUGUGAAGUAUAAAUUAGCUUUUUUAAAUUUUAAACUGUGACAUGCUACCUAGUUGUUGACAUGGAGUCUCCUGGUUUUGGAAAGUCAAUGCUCUUGUUGUAUACUCUGUAAUAAUUUUGUACACAUUCAUUUGUGUGAUCAUAUAAUGUUUGAUGUCAGUUUUUAUUUAGUUAGUGAAAAUGUCUUGUGUUGGUCUGGUAAAUAUGGUAAGAGACUGAAGGGGAAUUGUGUUCUCAACACACAGAGUACACAGUUGUUUGGAUUUGAGGUUAAAAAAUCAUCAUGAAUCUGGAAGCAUAAGUUCAGACAACUUGAAUAUAAAUUGAUGUAUGCAUUUUUAUUCCUCAGGAAUGAUGCAGCUUAUUUGCAGAACUACUUUUUAGGGGUACACUUUUUUAAAAGGUGACAUUUUAUGACAAAAUUUUGGUUCCCCUUGGUGGUUU